AUGCUCAAGCUUUCUCUGAAGCGGUUUGCUUCUGUUUUACUUUUCCAAAUGUUUUUUCUCAUGACCGACUUGGGAAUCAACAGCUUUUCGUAUCUAGCCCGUGGUCACCAUUCAGCGGUCAUUUUUCUCUUUAUUGCCCAGGACGUCUGUUUAAUGCUGUCGUUUACUGCAUUUGUGUUCAGCCUCUACUCAACUUACGUCUAUCAGGCAGGAAUGGCCAACCUAUUGUAUGAGAAAUUUCGCACUCCGCUCAUCAUAAGCAUGACGUACUUCUUCUUGAGCAUUGCUUUGCAUCUAUGGCAGGUUGUUGGCCAAUCAAAUGAACCUUAUCAAUUCCAAUGGCCGAAAGCUUUAACCGCUUUAUUCAUUAUACACCGGCUGUUUUCACCCAUCUACUACUACCUGUACAAGAAAUCGGCUUUGAAAAUGAGUGAUCCACGAUUUUACGAAAAUUUAGAUUGGAUUGCUUCUCAGUUGAAAUAAGACCAACGAUUAUCGAACAGAUGAAAACAAGUAUUCAGCGCACAGAUAACAAAAC